AUGGUAAAGUUCGGUCGCGAAAGCCCAGCUGAAAUGGUCCUAUGCUUAAAUCAUGCUAUCCAUUUAUCUGUGUUGGCUACAUUUUGCAACAAAAACGAUACAGGCGAAGUUGAUGUUACUGAACUAACAAAUCAAGCUUUAGAACAAAAAACUUCUGGACAAGACAGUGAUGAUGAUGAUGAUGAAAUUUUUUUAUUCGACGACGGCGAGUUAGAAUCUGAUAUAACAAAUAAUGCACCACAAUAUACCCAAAAUAUCAACAAAGUUUUGAAAGAGACACGAGCCUUGGUCAAAUUAUUCCGGAAGAGUCCUUUGAAAAACAUCACGCUGCAAAAACACGUCAAAGAAGAAAUCGGCCAUGAGUUAAAUUUAUUAUUAGAUGUCCGUACAAGAUGGAAUUCGAUGAUGCAGAUGGUGGAACGAUUUCUUAAACUGAAAAAUGCAAUUAGAAAGGCAUUAAUCGAUUUAAAUAUGUCCUCAAUGUGGCGAGACGACAACAUUGACGUUUUAGAGUCAUUGUUGGCAGUUUUACACCCGGUUAAGUUGUCUGUUGAAGCGUUAUCGAGGAAAGACGCCACUAUUUUGACAUCGGAGGCAAUAAUAGACGUGCUCAUAAAAAAGUUGAAGUCUAUGGAGAACAAUUUAGCCACGACAACUAUGUAUAAUGAAAGUGGUACACGCAAUUGCACCAAAACAGCUUUGAUACGAUUUACAGAAGAACUGUACAAUAGAUUAUUUCCUAGCAGCUCUAAUUUAGAUGGAGAUGACACUCUAAUACAGACAUCAGAAAACGAGCAACUCGAGCAAGCCACAUCCUUUGAGCUGAAACUAAAACAGGCUAUUGAAAUGGUAGCCACGGACACUCCGAGCAACAUUGAAACUGUUUUAACAAGAAGCUUGAUUAGAAAAGAGUUUCAGUUAUAUGAAUCAACCAGCAAAAGAACACCAAAUCUGGAAAACUUGUAUAAAGCUGUUAUGUCAGUAAAGCCUACGUCGACAGAAAAUGAACGGGUUUUCUCCUUGUCUGGAAACUUUGUGACGAAAAUACGAAACCGAUUGUCAGAUGAUGCUAUAAAUGCCCUCGUAUUUUUAAAGGCUUAUUUCCUUAAUAAUAACAAGUUACAAGACAUAGUGGACUAG